AUUUGUCGCUUGGACGACACAGAAAAUUUAAUUCAAAACAGGAACACGUAAAAUUCGUGCAAGCUGAAAUUUGACUUGGGCAUUUCACCGCAGCACGAAACCGAGCUAACGGUCAAAUUCGGCCAACCGAUUCCUCCACUAUAUUUUUCCCUUCCGUUAUUUUUAUAUUAUUUAUUGUUUUCUUCCUCAUGGGAGUCGAUGACGCUUUCCUCGAAGCCGGAAAGAAACCUGGGCUAGAGAUCUGGAGGAUUGAGGUAACUGGUGGUUAUUCGUUUUACUAAUGUUUAGUAAAUAUUACAAAUUUCAUAUUCGGUGUAAGGCGUCUAAGAUCGUUAACUCUUCAGUACAACAUUACAAAUAUAUACGGGAACCGGAAAUCGAAUAGCGAAUAGUAAGGCGUACGCCAACAGGAGGCAAAUUCGGGGACUGGUUUCAUCCAAAGAUAAUCUGAAAGAGUAAAGCUCUGUUUGUGACAUUUAUUUCAAAACCGUCAAAAAACUUAUCUUAAUGCUUAUCUUUGUUUAAUGUAGUAUCGAUAAAAGUGUAGCUAUAUUCACUAUCUCUGCUAAUUGCACGUCAGAAAUAAAGUUAUACGCUGGUACUUAUGAUUCAAUGUUUUUUAUUUUAUAGAGUGGCCUAUAAAAUUCACCACCAACGUAUUAAAGACAAAUUAACUACAACACACAACUCAGCUAAGGUGGAAAUAUUGCCUCAGCGAGUAAAAAUUUCGCAUUUCAACGUAAAUUUUCAUUUUAGGUCUUACAUACCCAGCAAAGAAUUCUGGCAGAGGAAUACAUGUCAUAAUCGUGUUCCUGGGUAGCUGCUAAUUUUUUAACUUUAAAAUUUGAAUGCGGGGUGCGGCCGGAUUUACUCAAAACGCACGAAAUGAGCAUUCUAGACUCUGCAGGUUUCCUAUACAUUUUACAAAGCGAAAUCGUACCACUGGGUUAAGUAUAAACUUUAGCCAUCAGGGCUGAACAACUCUCUGUUAAGUCAAGCUUAGCCAAUGGCAUUCUAAUUUUUUUUGUCCAGCUGGAACACUGAAGAUCUUGGCUUACCACCAAAAUGCAGUUAACGUUCGCCUUUACAUAAACAUCGGUUAGCUUUUUUCGUUGCUAAAGAAAUUAAAUAUUGAUCAAAUUCAAAUUUUACACACACAUCUAGAACUUACAUUCUUUUUCAGGAUUUUUAGGUUAUUUUUGCAUUUAGAGAACGGGGAAAAAAAACACGUGAGAACCAACGUCCAACGCUGGGUGUCAAAUCUUUUCUCUGCAAGAGGGCCAAAGGAGGAAAUUAUUUUCUAAAUAUUAAUUCCACUCUGUGAAAAUUUUCUGAAAGUAAAAGUAAUCAGUUCUUUGACAAACGCCAAAAUGCAUGCUGCACUUAAGCAAGCUAAGUUAACUUUCAAUUGCACUAAGGAAAAGGAGAACUUUCAAAUGUACUGACUUCGUACCGCCUUCGUAUGUACCAGCGAUUAGAAAAUUUCGAUCGCGAACUGAACAAAAAGAGGAAAAUAUCCUUAAAAUAUCUUGCUUUGAGGCAUUUUUGAACUGGAACAAUCCAAUGAUACUUACUAAUACUUAAAAUACAUUCUUUUCCAUUAAGUAGUGACCUUGAAAUCCCCUAUUCUACUCUCUAGUACCUGAUAUAUAACAGAUUAGUACUGGUCGUUCCACUCUAUUCCUACAGUCUAUGACUAUUCAUAGCACAUCUUGAUGGAAGUAAAUGUUUUUUAAUCUCUGUAAAUAUAUAGCAUGCAGUUCUAUUGCCCAGCAACCACAAACCAAGAAAAAGACAGCGCGCAAAGUUUCAAAUAAUAUGUACAGUAACCAAAUUAUUUUCUUCGAGUUGUUCAUUUGGCGAGCGUUAAUAUAUUAUAGAAUCAAUGUUUUUUAGGAGGUAACUGACAAAGAUAGGUUGCGAACGGUCAGUCUCAAUUUCAAAAUGUUUGUCAAAUAAUUUUAUCCUUUCAUUUGAUCUUUGGAGUUUAAGAUUUUGAGCGGAUGUCUAGGCACUGCAGGAACAUUAUUCACAAAGCCUUCUUAGCUUGUUUAAUGGGUUUAUCGUUAAGAAACAAUGUGUCUCAACUUUACCUUUUCAAGACUUUGUGAGCUACGAUCCGACAACGGCGACGUUCAUGAAACUUUCGGCAAUUAUCUCAAGUCUCCCAGUCGACUUAAAAGAAGGGAAUUUAGGUUGGGGCUGAGACAGGUUCAGGCAGAGAUGGUAGAAUUUAUUCACCUUGCCGUUCCCUUUCUUAAGUAAACUUUAAAAAUUUGGCGAUUUUACGUCGUAGUUGUGCAGGGACAGCAGAAAAAUUGCUCGUUAAACCUAUUGCUUUUUUGAUGUUGCCGUUGCCGUUGCCGUUGCCGUUGCCGUUGCCGUCGCCGUCGUAGUUUUGUACUGAGGUCCCUAUAGCCACUCACAUAACGAUGUGAACCCGAAGUGAUUCGACCUGCUAGGUAAUUCUCUCUCAUUAACCUUAACGCAACUCCCUCCAAGACAGACAUCAGUGCCUCCGUCUUGGAGCGGUGUGUGCCCUAAACGGAUAGUCUAAGAAAAUGACUGAACUACGACAGGAGCCUCGCCUUAUUGUGAUAUAUAUUAGGGACCUUACAAAACGACGACAGCGACGGCAACGGGAACGUCAAAAAAGCAAUAAGUUUUAUGAGCAAAACAACAACUCUGCACGUGCAUCACGCUUUUUUGUACAUUUUUUUGCCGUCCCUGUAUAACUAAGACGUGAAGGGACCAAAUUUUAAGUUUACUUGGAAACGGGAACGGCAAAGCGGUAAAUUGUACAAUCUCUGUCAGAACUUGGGCGCGGUCCCUUCUCUUCAGCUCUAACCCAAUUCCUUUCUUUUAAGUAUAACUACGCCCCUUGGAAUAAUCGCGAAAAAAAGUGAAAAAAGUCUAUUUUUCAUUGAAGUUUUCAUGGAUGUUGCCGUUGUCGGAUUGUAAGGUCCCUAUUGUCCUCUACGGACAGUCACUGUAUUCUGUCACCGUUACCGACAUAGGAAGGGUGCAUGCUUUCUAAUAAAUUCGGAUGAAUGAAUGAAUUAAUAAACGAAUGGAUGGAUGAAUGAAUGAAUAAUGUUUAAAUUAAUACCAUAGUGGACUGGAUCAUAUAGCUAUUUCAUAUAGAAAGGUUUGUUUUGGUUUAAGUGUGCUUAAAUGGAUCCACGAUAGGAUAAAUCAGACUUUGCCUUCACAGGGUUAGAUAGAGCUUAACAGAUCUUUUUAAGAUCUUUUUAGCUCUUUUUAAUUUACAGCGUUUAAUUUUAUCCUCGCGGUAUCUUUUUGUCUGCGUUUGAAACUGCAAGUUGUAGCUCUAGGAAGGAUUACAUGCUUCUUGUUAAGGUAAUGUGAAUUUUCUUUCUGUUGUAGAAACUAAAAGUUGUUGCUCAAGAUGUGAGUACCUACGGCACAUUCUAUUCAGGAGAUUCGUACAUUUGUUUAUCGGUAAGUUUGCAUACAUCGAACGGAUCGGUACACACUGGUGAUCACUACAGUUUUUUUACUGAAUUUUCCACAUUUGUUGCUUUCUAUUUUCUUUUCCUUUGUUUAGUUUAUUUAUUGAAGUUUUGAUUUUAUAUAUUCAUUCAGUACUUGUUUCUCUGUUUACUUUGAUUUCGUUUUUUCUUCAUCUUUAAAUUUACCAGACAAGGAAAGUUGAGUCUCAUUUAGAAUGGGAUAUCCAUUUUUGGCUUGGUAGUACAACCUCACAGGUAAAUGCAUUAUUAUGCGGUUUUCAAUGCAGAGUUGAAAGCAAUUCUUCUAAGAAGUGUACGAUAUUGCCUUUUUUUUAUACCGACCAGCAUGUGUGAUGUGUUAUUAUAAUCGUAUCAUAUUAAUUAAACCACAAAUAAACCAUUUCGUUAUAGGACGAGCAGGGCGUGGCAGCUUACAAGACAGUGGAGUUGGAUGAUCAUUUAGGUGGGGGUCCUGUGCAGUACAGGGAGGUAGGUCGGCAACAAAAUAGCCACCAACUGAAUAUAGUUGUACAGUAGUUAUCUCUUAUCAUUUACGUGGGGUCCUGUGUAGUACAGGGGGGUAGGUUGGCAACAAGAUAACCACAAAUUGAAUAUAGCUGUACAGUAGUAAUCUUUUAUUUAUAUAAGACCAACUUUCUGUUCUGCCCAAGAAACAUUUCAUUCUGUCGCCGAAAGUCUAUGUGGGUUUUACUAUGUGAAGUUGUAUUCCAACGAACGUUUCAAGCCAGCGGCCUACACGUCAUGCGCUUAUGAUAUUCAACAUGAUUCAGUGAAUAUCUACUCACCCUCCAGAGUAAAUUAUGAUAAUUUAUUAAUUUCAGACUAAGAAUGAAUUAAGGAAAGGAAAGGUAGUGCCAAGGACGAACUAUAACUGAAUUCAAUAGUGAAUAAAACUACAAUUAUGAAUAAUGCUCUGAUCAGUCGGCACAAAUAACAUGUGAUAACAAGGACCAAUUCGUUCUUAAUUUCUGUAUCUUUGUCUGUAUUAGGUUCAAGACCAUGAAUCAAGAAAAUUUCUGUCUUAUUUUCCUAAAGGAAUAAGGCGAGUGGUAUUUUUAUCUAUUGUAUUGUUUUAUUAGAGAGGUACCCUUGGCCAAAUGAGACGUAAUAACAGAAUUUUAGUUAAGUCACCCGGAUGCAAGACAAGUUUACAAACGUUACAUGAUGCAUGCCUUUUAAAGAAAUUUAAAGUNUAUUCAACAUGAUUCAGUGAAUAUCUACUCACCCUCCAGAGUAAAUUAUGGUAAUUUAUUAAUUUCAGACUAAGAAUGAAUUAAGGAAAGGAAAGGUAGUGCCAAGGACGAACUAUAACUGAAUUCAAUAGUGAAUAAAACUACAAUUAUGAAUAAUGCUCUGAUCACUCGGCACAAAUAACAUGUGAUAACAAGGACCAAUUCGUUCUUAAUUUCUGUUUCUUUGUCUGUAUUAGGUUCAAGACCAUGAAUCAAGAAAAUUUCUGUCUUAUUUUCCUAAAGGAAUAAGGCGAGUGGUAUUUUUAUCCAUUGUAUUGUUUUAUUAGAGAGGUACCCUUGGCCAAAUGAGACGUAAUAACAGAAUUUUAGUUAAGUCACCCGGAUGCAAGACAAGUUUACAAACGUUACAUGAUGCAUGCCUUUUAAAGAAAUUUAAAGUGAUUGAGUCAGUUGGAGAACAAAUUGGAGUACAAAAUUAGUUGCGCCUUGCUUAUCUUUCUUUCUGGUAGAUACCUUGAAGGCGGGGUCGAGUCAGGCUUCAGGAAAGUACAAAGAGGUGUUUAUGAGAAAAGGCUCUUUCAUGUCAAGGGCAAAAGAAAUGUGCGAGUAUCACAGGUUGGUUUUACGGUUAUUUAAUUAUACCCCUUUGUUUUUUCAAUUCAUUCAAAAACCACAUUGUAAUCCUUCUUGACAAUGUGUUAAAAAUGAACAAAAACUAGUUGUGAUUAAAAAGAGAUCGAGUAUAAUUAUAUGAUACUUGGCAACAUCGUUAUCACUGUCCCUUUUUUGGCAGAUUACAGAGUACAGGUUCGCAGUUUAUCAUUAUUAUUAUUAUUAUUUUAUUUUUUCAACAAUUCUACUAGAAAUGUUUGAGUUUAAAGUCAAUGUGUAGCCUGUACGGUGGGCGAUCGAAGGCGAAGGGAAAGAGGGAAACUAGGCGCGCGCACACGGGGUGAGCGAGCGAGGACAGAGUGAAGAGUUCCUUCCUUCCCUGCGCGCCUAUAGCGAUUUUGCGCACCCAAAACACCCAAGAGCCAUCAUGGCUCUUGGGUGGCGCACCUUAAUUCCCCCGUUCUCUUCUUCUUCAAAAGCCUGCCACGCAGGUUAGUGAUUCAUUAUUGACAAUAUAAGGCAAUUGUAUGGCGCGCGAGGAAGGAGAAAAGGGAGCAUCGCGCGCGCUCACGUUAGACAUUAUUAGUCUUUCCUAAAGUGUUUCGCGACAAUUAAUGGUACGUUUGUACAUGUUGUUUGCAGGUAGAACUUCACUACACUUCUCUAAAUAAAGGAGAUGUGUUUAUCCUGGAUGAAGGGAUGACUAUUCACUGCUGGAACGGUUCACAGUGUAGCAGAACUGAGAGAAUGAAGGUAUGCCUAAGCUAAUCAUUCCCUUAACAUCUGAUCGAGGAAAAUCAAAGUCCCUUAUCUCCACCAACCCCUUUUCUAUGAUACUUAAGGUUUGUACAAGGGUUUGGGGUCACAUUAUAGACGUAUGUUUGAGGACGGAAUAAAAUGACUAAUUUUCAUAUUCUUCCGGCACAGCCGCUAUCUAAUCAUCACCAUUCGUGGAUAACCUGGUAUUCUCUCACAUUAUUUUCGUUUGGUUGCCCCCCUUUAUGCUGUUGCCAAAAUUUAUAGCAUCAACAAGGUUACAAAGUUCAAGAAGCAUUGUGAUGGGAAGUUCUUGUUUUCCAGGGAAUUGAAGUAGCCAGACGUAUAAGAGAUGAAGAAAGAGGAGGAAAAGCAAAGCUUGUCAUUAUAGGUACUAUAUCUCACUGCAUACACUUCAGUCAGCCUGCGAGUAAGCUCUCCAUUUCGGGAAUAGAAGUCACAUUAAAGCGGCACGCACCGUGAAGACGAUGGGUGAAGAAUGCCUUCUCUCCUCCAGAGAUGCCUUCGCUGCGAUUCAGCCCUGUGCGUUGUCUUUUUUUUUUUACUUUUUACGAGCUACGACGUAAGGGGGCAUCUGUGGAGGAGAGAGGCUCGCCCUUUCUUUGCGGAGGAGAGAUUCCCCGCCACUUGCUCACUACUCACUAGCGGGGGACAUGAACUGGAGAGCUUGCUUGCAGGCCACUUUUACAUCAUAAGAGUUCACUCUGUUAAAACAUUUUGAGCUUUUGCAUCAAUUUUGGUCUUCUUGACCUUUAAUAAUCAGGUUAUUAUUUUCAGACGAGGGUAAAGACCACCGAGACGAAAACAGUUUUUUCGAAGCCCUCGGCUCACGAGGUGACGUCAAGGAUGCGUCUGAAGGAGGCGAUGACGUAGCGUUUGAAAAAACCAGUCAACAAAUUGUUACUCUCUACAGGUAUUAGAUACCAGCAUUUAUAACACUGCUAUUCUAAAGUAAGUAAAGAGAUAAUUUAGAAUCGUUUCCUUUGCCUAACAAGAAACUUAAAGAUGCGAUACUUACACUCAGAUUCACUGCAUGACUUAUCAGCGCUUUAAGCUAACGUUUGCGGAUACAUUCGGGAGGGUCUCACAAAUUCAAGCUUUUUCAAUUUCUUAACUGAAACUUGCCUGUCAAUUUUAAUUAAUUUAUUUUUAACUCGAGUGUCCGAAUAAUAAGGACAGAAUGUAAUAAAUAAAGAUUUUCUAAUCAUUGCUAAACGAUUAAAAACCGCCUCCUAAUAAGCUCAGUCAAGAGAACGCCGGUCUGCUGAGUGGGAGGUCGCACUGGUUCAAACCCAGGCCGGACCAACACUCAGAGUCUUUAAAGAAAUGAGGAGCCAAAGUGCUGCUUUUGCAAUGACAUCUAUUUUAUUUAUUUAUUUUAUUUUCUUAGCUUCGCCUAUUACUGAACAAUGAAUAAUAAAUGCUUAAUAGGCAGGGGUGCCACAACAGCGGUGACCCAAUUACAGUGGUCCCAGAGCUUAAAAGAUAUGUAAGAAACAGUAGAACUUCAUAUAUCAAUUACAAACAACAACGGUUAGACUUCCUAGACUUCUCAGAUAAGGGCGGAAAACGUAGGUCUGGUCUCACAGCACUUCACUUAUCAGGUUCUUGUUGAAGGUGAAAGAACCCAUACCACUGUUCUGAAAGAGCAGGGGACGUAGACCCGCUUGUUUGGCCAACCUCUUCUCUGCUGGGUGGGUUAUCUGUAAGAACACACUUAAAAUUAGAGCCCCGUUCUGUUGUUAGCCUGCGAACGACAGACGUAUUUCCGGUCGUUGCUUCUCUCCCUCCGAAAAAUAGUUUUUCUCGGCGGGUGAAACUAAAGCCAAAAAGCCCGGAUGCUCUCGAGCUACUCUGUUGUAUGUUGCGCACCAUAUAAUAUAGUGGAAGUGAUUAAGUGAAUAAUAGCCUACAACCUGGAAGGCAAGAUUAUAGAUUGCAUAGCUAGCGCAAUAUUCUCUUUGCAGGGUUUCUGAUGAAAGUGGAAGUCUAGAGAUGACGCCUAUCAAUGAAAUGCCUUUAAAAAAAGAGCAUUUGGAUCCGUAUGUGAGUAANCGAAAAAUAGUUUUUCUCGGCGGGUGAAACUAAAGCCAAAAAGCCCGGAUGCUCUCGAGCUACUCUGUUGUAUGUUGCGCACCAUAUAAUAUAGUGGAAGUGAUUAAGUGAAUAAUAGCCUACAACCUGGAAGGCAAGAUUAUAGAUUGCAUAGCUAGCGCAAUAUUCUCUUUGCAGGGUUUCUGAUGAAAGUGGAAGUCUAGAGAUGACGCCUAUCAAUGAAAUGCCUUUAAAAAAAGAGCAUUUGGAUCCGUAUGUGAGUAACAUUACACCUUUGAAAAUUGUAUAACGAUAAUAAUAACAAUAAUAAUAAUAAUAAUGAUUUAUUGACAGUAGUUUUACAUCUCUCUUACUAACUAAAAACUAAGUAUUUACAUAAUGUUACUAAAAAAGCCAACCAUUUACAUAAUGCACUUAAACUCUGUUAAAACUGUUAAGUCUAAAAUACUACAAUACUGUGAGUAACCGUAACUAAGAAACCUUAUCAAGACAACUCAUGAGGCUCAACUUCACCGCAAGCCUACUGUAUAGCCCACGUUUGCGAUUUUUUAUUCUGAGCUUAUGUAGAACAGGUAAAUGUUGUACGUAAAUAUGCUAUAACUUUUCAACCAAGCUUGCUAGACCGCACGACAAGUUUAAAAUGGCGUUUCCUUGACAACUUAAAAGAAACUAUUUGACAGCGGAGCUCAGGUGAAGAAGCAAAGUCUAUUACUACCUCUUUGUAGAUGUAAGAUUUGCUCUUUACACCUUUAUCAGGGGCGGAUCCAGAAAAUUCAGAAAGGGGUGGCCGGAACACUUAACAGCUCUAUUCUAAAUCCUUUUUGUUUUUUGAGACUGAAUUCUAUAAAACUAAUUCAAAGGAAAAGGGCUGACCGCGGUCCCUUCGGCCCACCCCUAAAUCCGCUAAUGUUUCAUUGAUUCUGUUUAUCUACUGCCAUCCAUCCCUCAGGAACUCAGGAACAAAUCUCGUUCAAAAUGUUGUGUCAGGGAAAAUGACUGUAAACGUACACAGUCAAUGUAAUGUAAUUAACAAAAUAAGGAACAACAAUUCGGUGUGGUGUGUCCGGUUGGAUUCACCCGUCCACAGGAAUACGUUAAGCGUUACUAGCUAGUAGGAGCGCUCAAAACAAGCCUGCGAUGUGAAUGUUGGCAUUUUUGAAUGUUGUUGUAGCUAUAUCGAGUAAACUGGCCUUAUCUUUCCUAGUUACAGCGCUUUUAGCCAAUAUUUCUCAACUUGUCAGAACAACAGAGCGUUGUUGUCCGCCAGUUUGAGUUUUCACUUAAGACUGGACCCGAGUUUUUGACGUAGUUGACUUUAAAAAUAUAUCCGGUUUCAGUCGUCCACACGAAUUCACCAAACCCAUCGGUUCAAAAAAGAGAAACCACUCUGCAGAGUGGUUUCAAAAGUAUGCUGUUUCGAUGUGCUGAUUGACUGGUUUCGUGUGGACACAAGGCCGAUUCCUAUAAAAAAGUAUGCGGUUUUAAAAGUGUCCGCAUUCGUUAAUGAGGCGGUUUAUGUCGUUGUAGGACUGUUUUAUUCUGGACUGUGGAAGUACUGGUAUAUUUGUUUGGAUCGGUAAGAAGUGCACUGACGCAGAAAAGAAAGCAGGAAUGAAAAAUGGAUUGGUAAGCUUUACUAAAUUGAUAAACAUAAUGUGACACGGAUAGAGGGCCGCUACAGGAGCCAUGAUCAUUAUCGCUGCAAGAGGUACUGCCCUCUUAAGAUUAAGUCUGUUGUAUUGUAUUUCAUUAUAUGGCUGAAUCCGCGAGCGGGAAAGAUGAAGUGAAUCCUGCAUUCUGAUUGGAUACCCGAGCGGGCAAGAUUGGCUCGUCUUGUCCUCUCGGGAUCUCCCGCGUGUUCCCGUUCCCGUUCCCAUUCUCUUGUGCUUGGUCAAUGAAGAAUUUUAAAUGUUUGUUUACAAGUCUUCUCACCUCUUUCCCUUUCCCCUAUUUCUCCUGUAAGUGUUUCCCAUGCAGCUUUGAGGAAUUCUGAAAAGGCCUCAUAAAUCCUAGUGAUGGUAUUUCUGAAGUAGGCUUAUUUCUCCCUUUUGUCAAUUGAAGGAAUUUAUAAGCAAGAAGGGAUAUCCUCAGUGGACACAAGUCACCCGUGUGGUGGAGGGUGGUGAGACACCGAUCUUCAAACAGUUUUUCUCAGGGUGGAGAGACGAAGGUGAACAGGUUGGACUGGGAAAGGUGUUCAGGCAGGGCCACUUAGGUGAGUCUAUACCACUCCCAUAUAUGUUCUUUAUCUUCACUGCCGAUACCGUAUUUAUCUUAUCAGAACAAAGAACGAAAGUAAACACACGAAAAAAGCAAAAACAAAAACUAAGGCGAUUGUGUUGGUAUAACUUUAGUGUAGGCUUAUCUCUUAAAAUUCUCCUUGGAGCGGGCUAAGUUGCGCUGUGGGUAUAAUCUGGGACCACACCAAUUCCACAAAGAGUCUUUAGACGAGGUUGGUCUUAUCUCAGACGACAUUAUAUGAUUUGUCAAUCAGCUAAACAAAGCAACGAAAAGUUUGAUGCUAGUCAACUUCACGACCGCGAAAAACCAAAACACAAAACGGAAAUCCUCCCGGACGAUGGAACAGGAGAUGUAGAGGUAAACACGAUUCCUUUAUUUACACACUUUAGUUUAAAAACAACAAAUUUAAGCAACACCACAUCUGAGCAAAAAAUGGAACCAAAAAGGGAAGGCUGAGUGAUUGAAUGCUAAACUAGUUAAAGGUUGCUACCCUUUUUGUCACUCGGUAUUUCACAUUUUUACGCUUUGUAGUCAUCAACUUCUCCAUGGGCCCUGCUUGCCGGCUUUGAAACCGCCGAUUUACCCUGCAUUGUUUCCAGAGUUUGAACGGAGAAACAUUUUUACCUUUUUUUUAUUAGAGAGUUUAUUGGUCGGUAAAUGUUUGUGGUUUAUGAUAGGCGAUCAAUUUAAUAAGCUGAGUUACGCAGUGCGUUUUUCAGUUCAACUGUUCAGCAGUUCUCUUUCCUCGUCCGGCCCGAGGCUGUUCAUUUGUUAUUGAUUAAGUCUUUUUUGUUUCCAGAUCUGGCGGGUCGAAGAGCGUGACUUGAUUCCGUGGGAACAGAAUUUGCACGGAAUGUUUUUUAGUGGCGAUUCUUACGUCAUCAAGUAUAACUACACGGCCAACUGGAAACGACGGAUUAUCAUCUACUUUUGGCAGGUGAAGUUAGGUUCUGGAUGCACUCAAAUACACAAUACUGAAACAUCCAACCAAGCACGGCAAAAGAACACUUAAUUUUAGAACAACCACGCGUUUUGAUAGUUAGUAAAUAAUAGAUGAUAAUAAAAUUAUAGCAUUAUAUGCGGAUUGCAAGAGCGUUAAAGUCCUAAACCAAUCGUGGCUUACAAUUUCAUAUGAUUCGAGAAAGAAAAGCCUGAUCAUAUUUGCACGAUUAAUCCUGUCUGGUAAAAAAAGAUUUUAUGAAAUUCAAUUCUUUCUAAUAAACCUUUUCAAAAACGGGUGCUGUUUUUGAAACGUCCAGUGAAUUGGAUUCUUUUCAUAACUUUGGCUUUUCACUGUCAACUCGUUUACUGGUAAAAAAAACUCGGUUGUCAUCAAUUUACACAGUUAACGAAAAAAGGAAUUCUCCUUAUAAUUAUCCAGAAUCAAUUAUAAAGGAGUUUAUCGUUUUAUUGUUAUUUUUUUAUAAGGGAGCAAAAAGCAGCAUUGAUGAAAGAGCGGCGGCAGCCAUGCUAGCUGAUCAAAUGGACAAAAAAUUGGGAGGAAUAGCAACACAGGUUUGUGGCUGAGUUAAUCAGGCCACUAAAGAGCAACAGUGUCGGUCCAAUAUUCUAACAAACCUGGAUAUUGUUCCUGAAAUAUGAUGAGCUGUUUAUCUCAAUAUAUCAUAUUAAUAGAGAGAGAGAGUUAAUAUUGCGGUGGAGACGAAAACUUUUGCCAUCNUGUUAUUUUUUUAUAAGGGAGCAAAAAGCAGCAUUGAUGAAAGAGCGGCGGCAGCCAUGCUAGCUGAUCAAAUGGACAAAAAAUUGGGAGGAAUAGCAACACAGGUUUGUGGCUGAGUUAAUCAGGCCACUAAAGAGCAACAGUGUCGGUCCAAUAUUCUAACAAACCUGGAUAUUGUUCCUGAAAUAUGAUGAGCUGUUUAUCUCAAUAUAUCAUAUUAAUAGAGAGAGAGAGUUAAUAUUGCGGUGGAGACGAAAACUUUUGCCAUCUAGUGUUCAUCGAUCACUGCCAAAAAACUUAUUUUUGGAACCGCUUUUUAAAGUAACUAGGUAAUUAAAGAAAAACUAAAUUCGGCGUUAGAGACUUGGAAAUAAUAUUUGAGUCUUCUGUUCAGGGAAAUAUAGAGGCGAGAGGAGCGUUGAAUCGUCGCGCUUAUCUUUAAUUUUCGAGAUGCCACUCUUCUAUCUACUUAUUUGCUACUGGAAUAUACUGAAAGCUAUCGUAGGUUUGAUCGAUCUUCAUGCGUUUCAGGUACGAGUCGUCCAAAACAAAGAACCCGAGCACUUCUUAAGAAUGUUUCGAGGGCGCUUUAUUAUCCUGGAGGUAAGAUUCUACGACCAUAACCACCACCCAUUUCCUGACAAGUUCUUUUGUCCCACUUCUCGCGCGCCCGAAUUUCUCAUUCCCCUUUUAACGCGUGCCACGCAGUCUAAAGGUGGAUUUCCACUGUCGCGUUAUUUUUACGUGCUUAUGCGCGUAAAAUUUACGUGCGUAAAUAAAACAGACGAAUGCAUAAGAGGUCGCGCGUUAAAAGUUGAGCGAGUUCAACUUUACGUUCACGAGCGACCUGUAAAUUUCCCCUAUUUUACUUACGCAAGUAAACUACGCGCAUACGCACGUAAAAAUAACGCGGCGGGCCACGCGGCGGUGGGAAUCACCCUAAGCGCAGGCACGAGGUUGGGCCUUUUCUUCCAUUCAGAGACCAUUUUCUCUCAUGUGUUUAGCAAUAACCUUGAAUAUAAAAAGCAAAGAGCAACAAAGGAAAUGUAUUAAAAUAUUUCAUUCAGCUUACAAAGACUAGUACUUGACUUUUGUGUUGUUCACAGGGUGGUAAAGGAGCUGGAUUUCGAGCCGGUUCCGAGGAUGAUACAUAUGACAAGGAAGGCAAACGAAUGUUUCACGUACGCGGCACGUCAGACAUGAAUGCUAAGGCAAUACAGGUCAGUCACCAUUCUCUAUUCCACAGGCUGCGAUCCUUUUGGUCAACACCAAGGAUCGUCUGUUGCUCGUUCCGCUGGACAAGGAUAACGAAGGCCCUCGGGACGAGAUUGUUUAGUUACACAAUUGGUCACAGCUGUGCGUAUGCACAAGCAACCAGCCAUACCGUAUAAUGUGUAUCCAUGCAAUGUGGUCAAACAUCCGAGGCAUUUUAACGCUCGAUGCCACCAUUGUUAAUCAAGCCUUUAUGUCACGCAUGUAAUAUAUUCCCUGGUUUUCGAAUAGUUAGAAAGAACGACAUUGAAGUCCAAGUUGAAUUUUCGUUAAAAGUUACGGAAAAGGCUAGUGUCACCAGUUAUUGAUGUAACAGUUGAAAAAGACACUAGUUUGGUAGUGUAUGUACUAAAAUGUUCCUGAAAUAGACCUUGUCACGGUUUUCGACGUCAUCUUGACGAGUAGGGAAACGUGUGAGAAAUUACAGUGUUUGUAUGAGAAUCCAAUAUCGAAUAAUUUCUGUAAAACGGCUUUUCUUAAAAAAAUAUAUAAAUUGUAAACUAAAGCUACAAAGCAAAGGAUUGUACUAAAAAAUUUUGGGGGCAUACCUGUGCUUAAGUUUGUUCAGACGCUUGCUUUAGAUUUUUCAUAUAUUUGUCUGUAAUUUUUUCUGGGACUUUCCUACAGACAAAUGCAUAGAAAGUUAAAAACGUGGUUUUAGGUCUUCUAGCGCAUGGAACGGCCUCAGUUUUUUUUCAGUAGAAUCCUUAGAAGUGAAGCUUUCGUUUACAAAUCAUAUUUUUUUCAUAACAGCCGUUUUACGGCAAUUAUUCGAUAUUAGAUUCUCAAACAAACACUGUAAUUUCUCACGCGUUUGCCUACUCGUCAAGAUGGCGUCGAAAACCGUGACAAGGUCUACUCGGCGGGUCGGUGUGGUAGUGUAGUGGUAAAGGAGAGAGAUUGGGAUACGAAAGGUCCGGGUGGCGAGGUCUGGGUUUGACCUCGGGUUGCGAUUUUCUGUCUUUUUAAUAGAAACACUCUCAAUAACAGGUCAAAAAUUUUUUAAGUGUCUUAAAACUGGUAGCGACCGUUUACGACAGGGACAACUGGGGCGCCGACAGUUUCACCACCUAGCUUCAGUUUAAGUACACAGUCAAAAUAGAGCGGUUUUCAUUUGAGUGUCGAAAAGUAAUUGGUUUUGCACUUUCUACACGAUGCGAUUGGCUUAAAAGAUUCGCGCCACCUUUUCAUCCAAUCAGAAGUAAAACCAAAGCCAAUUGUGACGCGCUCGCACGAUUUUCCCGCGCUUUGCGUCAGCCACAUGUAAUUACUUCGAGUUUUGAUUGGUUCAAUGUAUUGUCUGUGUCCUAUGUGAUUGGCCAGAGUAAUUACUUUGGUUUUGGUUUUACGACACUCAAACGAAAACCACUCUAUUAGGGAGCUUAAGCAACGACGACGGCGACGGCAACGAAAACGGCAAGAAAACCAAUAGGUUUAGAUUGGCAAAAUAACAACUUUGCACGCUUUUUUGUACAUUUUUUAGCCGUCGUUGCACGACUACAACGUGAAAAUGCCUAAUUUCACGUUUUGUCGAGGACGGAAACACAAAACGACAAUUUUCUUUUUGUUUUUCUGAACUUUGAUACAAUCCUUUAGAAUUCAACUCCAAGGAAAUUUGCCAACGUUUGACGAAUUAAACGAGAUGGAAUAAACGCGAUAAACUUUGAGGCAGCGCAAAUUCACUUUUUAAGUGACGUUUUCGUAGCGGUGGCCGUCGUCGUUGCUUAAGCUUCCUACUGAUACACUGAAAGUAACGGCUUAAUAGAAAAUUUUCUAAGUAAAGCACUUCAAAGAUAACUGCUAUCUAAACUCGAAAUGUGCUGAUACUAAUCUGAGAGCGCGUUUUAUCAUGAACCAUGAACUGUUGUAAAUAGGAAGUUAAGUUGAGUGUUCGCUCGGUUCCUUUAUCUUUUUCCAGGUGCCCCGAAGAGCGGCCUCGUUGAAUUCAGGGGACAUGUUUGUACUGGAGACUCCUAAUCUUGCUUAUUUAUGGAGGGGAAAGGUGAUUACCGCAAUACCAUUACAAUACUGUCACCGCAAUAUUAUUACAAUACUGUUACCGCAAUACAAUUACAUGUAGGUAAUGUAUGGGUGUUGUGUUUAACUACAGGGAGCAUGCGCCGCCGAAAGGAGAAAUGCCAGACAGCUUAUUGACUACCUUAUGGUUGGCAGGUUGGUGUAAAUGUUUGUGCACAAGCGUUAAAGGAGGUACUUUUGACAAAUUUUUUACUUUUCUCGGGGGGCUAGGGAGGCUGGAACGACUGGAAGGUUCAAGUAUGAGUAUACUUCGCUGUGAUUCAUACCCACACGUAAAACAAUAAAAGAAACAAGAACAAACGCAUCGGUCGACAUACAAUAGUUUCCCUAAAUUUCUAAAUCUGCGGAAAACUUCAAACCUCCUCAAAACAAACAACGAUUUAAAAUUCCUUACCCCGGCAGGAAACCCGUAAAAUCCCAUAGAAUGUGUCUUUCGAAACGUUAAGUCAAGCUACAAAUCAGAGGGGGCUAAAGGGGGGGUCCCACGCAUGAUUUUUAAGGUCACGUAUCACGACAGGUAAAACAUUCACAGUUCACGGGUUUUAAUUUCGCGUUUUCACCGGUCACGACAAUUGAAAACACUAAAUCACGUAUCACGCAAUAACCCCUUUACCCCCCUCAAAUCAGGUACAGUUGUAUAUCAUGGAAGGUUACACUGUGUACUUUGUUGUUUAUGUAUUUCAAAAUAUAUUCAGUGCACACUACUAAAAUGUUUCUUAUUCAGAAGUUCUGUUUAUAGGAAGCCGGCCACAUCAUGCGUGCAUUGUUUGAUGGUACACCUUUAAUUAUCCAGUACAUUAGAGUGUAAUUAUGCAGUUAUUUACUUCCGUCUGCUUGCUGUAGGGAGGUGGAGCCAAUUCGUGAAGGGAAGGAGCCGAGACAAUUCUGGGACGCCAUUGGUGGAUAUGAAGAAUACGCCACAGGAAAAAGAAUGGAGGUGACGUGCAAUUUAAAUGGCAGUAGGCAGAAUUAGCAAAGAAAACGUACUCGCUAACCCGAAAGCGCGUGGAAAGGACCGAACCCGACUUCCUGAAGAGCCCUACUUCCAUCGGUGAAAUCAGUUUUAAGCGCGUGCUUCCGUCACUGUCAUCGCAAUGUCUUUUAGUUGCAAAGUCUACCUAGUAGAUACACGAGCGAUCGAUUAACGAGAAUAAAUUGACUUACAAAUUAUCGUUUCCCCUUUACCACAAACGUGAUUCUAACUUCUCUAUGUGUAAUUUUAAAGAUUGUAUGCAAUGUAACACCACUAAGAAUUUAUAACAUACACACUUGUAUACAUACAUAGCCUUUAUUUAAGUGUCUACGCCUUCUAAGAUUCUAGCGCCUCUCGGCACUAAUUGGGGACACAUUUAAAACCAAUAAAGUUUAACUACUAUAAAACAUAUAUAAAAGCCGGAAAAUUAACUUAUUCACUAUAAUACACUAUAAUAAUAAUAAUCAGAAUGACAAUACUCAAGGAGUAAUUCGUCGAUUUUUUAAUCUAAUUUUUAGGAAGAAAGGCCCAGCUAUCCGCCGCGUUUGUUUCAGUGCUCCAAUGCAUCAGGGGCGUUUAAAGUAGAAGAAAUAUUUGAAUUUUCUCAAGAGGUAACAUACCCUUUUAGAAGAACCGCUUAACUAUUAAAAGACGCAUAAGCCAUUUGCUGCGCACAGUUCCUUUUCAUGAUACAUUCCUAAAGAAAGCUCUUUCUUUUUUCUUCCUUUAGGAUCUUAUCGAGGAUGAUGUUAUGUUUCUUGACACUUAUGACGAGGUAUAAUGACCAUGCAAAUUUCAGGUUUUCUGGAGAACACGACAGAUUGAUCUAAUCCAGAUGCAGUGAUUUUGAUACAGUUUAGUCGAGUGAACAGCUGUUUAAGUUCUUUGCUGCCGAUCAUUUCAUCUUGUAUUUAUUGAAUAGUGUUUCUAUCGUCAGGUGUUUGUCUGGCUUGGUGAUGGAGCGAACGAAGUAGAGAAAUCUGAGGGAGUCACAGUAGCAAUGGUAAGGCUCAAAAAGUUGCCCAGUCAACUGCAGUAUCUAAGGCCUGCCCCUGUCCUCCGAGUUGUCCGUCUUAUAAAUUGGAAAGUAAGGGGGAAGAAGAAUACAGAGGAAGUUGACCAUGCUACCAUGCUAUUUCAUUGGCAACUGCCUGAGCGGUCACUCUGGCGGUCUUUUGCUUAGGGUGACGCAAGAUUGGGGCUAUCAGCCGAGGGCUUGAGGUUUUUAUUUUCAUGCAGUCUGUGACUUAAAGACAAACACGCGUUAUUUAUUGACACGCCUAAUUUUAUCUCCGUUUCCAGGAUUACGUGAGCUCUGAUCCAUCUGGAAGGACCUUGGAAGAUACAGUGAUAAUCCAAGUAAAACAAGGCUACGAACCACUGAAUUUUACUGGACAUUUUCAGGCCUGGGAUAGAGAUAAAUGGAGCGUAAGUGUAACAUCCAACUAAUUAUUUAUUUAUUUAUUUUAUUUUAUUUGCCACACAAUAAUUACAAAAAAUAUAGGAAAAGAAGAAGAAGAAAAAAAAAGAAGUGGCGAGGAGACCUAACAGAAACUAUAGGAGCUUAUGAGUCCAAUCCGGAGGAGCUUGAUACUCGAUCUCGACAAAGUGUAGUUAACUUCUUUUCUUCCGCUUUUCAGCUUCUACCUUUCAUUUAUGAACUGUUUUCAUACUUACUCAAUAAUUUAAUCUUCAGUUUUUUUCUUAAAAGAGGAGAGGGAUUGAGACUUGAUGACCUUGUUGUCAAGUGAAUUAAAAUUAGCUUGUGUUAUAUUUAUAAAUUGAAACAUCUAAAGACAAUACUGCUCUUCCUAAUAAAAAUUCGCCUUCACCAGUCGCUAAUGAGUCAGCAAUUGCGCUUUAUCCUCUCUUGGCUCCACAUGUCUCUGACGAGGUUUUCGUCUGGCCUGUGAUAUGACUUAUCCUCUUUGAAGAGGUUAAAGGAAAUCCCGGAGAGCCAUUCAGAAAAGGAAUCAACUGAAAGCCCGAGGGCGCCAUCCGCCUCCUCGCCCCAAAUUUUAAAUUGAUAUUUCUAUUUUUCACUCUCAAUUCGAUUUUUCGUCUUUUCUGUGAUUAGAAUAUUUGCUACUAUCCCCUAUCGUAAUGAUCUGCCAGUGGGGAGAUGCGCAAUAUGUGUGACCUGGGAACAGUCGCGCAGAGCGCGGACUAACAGUGGAUGGGGAAAUAUAGAAAGGACAAAGUCGCUUUGCUUUUCUGCCCUUUUCAUUUUUUUUCCUCGUGCCGCGUACCUUAAUUAUCUAUUAUUAAGAGAUUAUUCUCUCUUGCUAUUAUCUAUCUUAAUUGAUCGUGAGUCACUGGAGGCAUGGCGGCUUCUUGGAGGGAAGGAGUUACUUGGCAUUCAAUUAUAAAGUGUUCCCCUGCAGCAAGAGCUUUUGUAGUUCCUUACCUUGCAAUACACAAUAAUCUAGGUACAGAGUAUUCUUGUACGCUUCGAUUAAGGGUUAAUUCAAAUACAUGAGACACAUUUGAAAAGUACAUUUUCAGGAGAAUCAUUUCUACUUGCAAAGAAUGCCGUUUGAAUUUGAUUUUAUUAAAUACUUUUAAAAAAUUCAAAUCGUUUUAGAUAGUUAUAUCCUAUUGCUUUUUUCUCCACGAUCGAUUGUUUCUCUUUAGGAAGGAAGGACUUACGAAGAGAUGAAAAAUGAAAUGGGAGAAGACACAAUAAAAAAGUUUUCAGAGAUACGAAUAACACCGAAGGUGAGUUUUUGACAAGGCGAUUAAUCACAUUCAUACUUGAUGCAGGAAGUUAUCCUUAAAUGGAACAUUUGAAGCUUAGUAUGUCUCCCCCCAUGGACUUUGUCAGUGGAACUUGGAUUCUAGAUUCCAAUCGUUACUGGGAUUACUGGGUAACUGAUCACUCCCCCAGUUUUAGAGCUCGUGUGUUUUUUGUUUACACCAUGUUUAGACUGUAAAGACAAUGAACCACAAUAACAACGCUGAUUUUACUGAUGGUGUGUGCCAUCCAUAUGACGUCCUGGCUCAACCACACCAUCUUCUUCCAGACAGCAUCGAUAAAACCAAGAGAGAGGUAAGGUCAACAUGUACUGAAUGUGAACUUUGCACAACAACUAGAUGAAGCGCAGUUUUUAAUUUUUUACAAAUAGCCGAUAGGGUAAUGAAUACUGUUAUAUAUUGUAUACCUUAAGAUCCUUCAGAAGCCUCAGAGAAGUGUUGUUUAGCAUCAUCGGCAAAAAGAAAAAUUCGUCUAAAUAUGGCAUUAAUAGUUAUUGUUUUGUUUUGUUUGCGUUUUACAGCGCUACCUAUCAAACGAGGAGUUUUUCUUGGUAUUCGAUAUGGAGAGGACUGAGUUCGAGUCCUUGCCAAGAUGGAAGCAAGUCCAGCUCAAAAAGGAGAAAGGACUGUUUUAGUUCUUUUGCUAGCUUUAUUAAGAAACACUAACUUCUCCAGAUGCUUUCUCUACGCGUAGGGGUUAGCCUCUUGUUGGCUUUAUUACUAUUCUCGUCCCUCUGCAAGAACUGCAUGUCACCAUUUUGUCUAAAGUGACUUUCCUGCUUGAGCCGGCCUCGAUCAUUUGCAAACUGAGUCCGAACAUAGGGUUAAAUCAUAUGGUUAAGGCACAUGGUAUAUAACUGCCCAAUUCAGGCGGGUGAACGUCCCUACUCUUUUUCAGUCCUUUAUAUGUGGUAGCGCUCGCUCUUAUCGAGUGGCGGAGUUCCUGUUUACAAAAGAAUUUCACAGGACUGAGAGAAACAAAACAGUACAACUAGAGGAAAAUUUUUGCGGGU